AUGAACGACGAGUGGGCCCGCGAGACUGUCCAAAUGUAUUCCGAGAAUGAAGUUGGUCAGGUCCCAGGUCACUUCCUGAAAAUUGACGGAAAAUCUGUUGUUGCAUAUGCCACAAGGACAGAUCCAAAAAGUAAGUAGAUAUUCAAGUUUUGGAACAUGUUCACAGCUUUCUUGCAAACAAGGUCGAGUUAAACGGCCAAGAAACAAAAGUUCAGUGUUAAUCAAAUGCAGCAGUCUUCGGAUAGGAGGCAAAUCCAACUAUGGCCGUUACUAAGAAUAACAUGGAAGGCGCUUAUUUUGUAAAAGUGCGGGUAAUGUCAUGGAACGCUUUCGACUAGUCAUGCUUAGAAAAUGAAAAAAACAGAAUAAAGCAAAACAAAGCGAAUCCAAAUCGAUCAUUUUCUGCCUUUCCAUUGAUAUCAAUUUGUGUUAUUUUUGACAGCUCAGUUAAAGGUUCAUCAUAUUAUGGACAUGAUUGGUCAAAAAGCAGUUCAAAUCAUUAUUUUGGAGAGUAGCAGCGGUGGAACCGCAGUGACCGUAAACAAAAUAGAUGACACCGUCUUUGUAAAGGUAUCACCACUCACGGGGAUGGAACGUUAAUGGGUGUGGGUCAGGAAAGUUUAAUUUAUUUACUAAUCAAAAAUAGUCAGAACAUUCAUGCAUCUCUUGGAGCCCUCAUUGCCCCAUCCUCCCCCCCCCUUCCAUCCCUCCCUCCUUCCCCCCCUCCCCUCCCAGUCACUUUUCUGAUAGUCCAUCCUCCGGUGAGAAUUGUGCGAGGUCCAUGAAUAUCCAAGCAUCAAAUCCGCUUGGUUUAAAAGCUUCAAUUACUUUCAUUGCUACCGAAAUGAUUUAAUUUUCCUCAGUUUUGGAAACACUUGGAAAUGGCAGGAGAUAACUGUGAUACAUAACCGGCUUAAAUUCAUUUACCGAAAUGAUUUAGCUUUUCUUACUUUUGGACACAUUCGGAAAUAGAAGGAAAUAAUGCUGACACAUAACCGGCUUAAAUUUAUUAAAGGAAGCUGGAAAUUACUAACUGAAUACAAUGUGUGAAGUUGAACGCUUCCUAGAGACUUUCUAACAAUAAUAUAACCCUAUCUGGUUUAAGAACUAAUUCAGUGUUUUUUCUCUACUAGACUCUGUCGACAUCUCUGUCAAGUCUUAUCACCUUUAAACAAGUGAAACGUCUUUAUCCUGAAAUUCUGUUUCGAAAAGUAUCCAGAGUAGGUGGGAGUGAGAUCUUUUAUUUAAAGUCAUACCUUAGUGGUAAGAGGCGGAUUUUGGGUUUUGAUAAAAAAGGUCUUCCACUGAACACCAGCCAGGUGAGGCCUAAUUCUGUGGAAAGUUUUAUCACUAUUCUAUAAGAUCAUGGAUAGAAACAGAGAACACACAUGCGCAGUAAAUGGAGUAAUUUUGAAAUGAAAAUUUCUAUCGAUAAUAUGGAUAUGAAACCAAACCGUUAACUCAUAAACCGAAGACAUGUAGAAAGACUGGCAUCAAGAAUAAAAACAGAAUGAAACUAAUCAAAUGCGUCUCUUGGUUGAGCUUGUCUUGUUUUCAUCGACCUUCAUCAUUUCCCCUUGGUCUUCGAUUCAUUUUUAAAACAUAUUAAAACGCUACACCUUUGCUUGAAAACUAGUUUUUGUUCCAGUUGCGUUGGUGCUUUAGAUAAGUAAUCGGCUCACUCCCAAGGAAAAAAGUGCAACACUAUGCACUUUACCUGAACUUAUCCUUUCAGUAUACAAGACUUUGAAUUAGAAAUAUGAACCUUAAAGGUGAUUGCUCGCCAGUACAUUAACCUCUGUAGCGCAGAUAAAUUUAUGAAUAUAUAUAGUUUCUCUUUGUACUACUCUAGUGGGAAAGUUUUUUUUGUCAAUUGUAUAUUGAGAGUAAUACGUGAUCGCAUAAAUUUUAGUUGAUUUCCCUCUUUGACUGGUCGAGACAGUUUGCCCAAAUCAGAUGCAAAACUAAAUCCAAUCGUGACUUUGCCCUCCUGUUUUUCGGCUCUUCAGACAGUUUUCUUGUUUUUAUUAUCAUUUCGCAUUCGCUUCUUGACGCCUCUUCACUUAUCCUGAACUUUGAAUUAUCUUUGCAGCGCAGAUAAUAUGGUAUGCAUACGCCCCGAAAUCCUCACGCAGCUUGUUUUCUAUUUGUCCCACUCUAAUAAGAAAUAUUUAACUUCUUUCUUAAGAGAAGUUCUCAAUUGUUAAUCGAUAGUGGUCGCUAAUCUUGCAGGGUUUAGUUUAUUUCCCUAUUUGAUAGGUCAAGAAAAUUCGCGCCACCUUAUCAACCAAUCAGAAACAAAACUAAUUCCAAUAUUGACUUGGCACUCUUGCUUUUUCGCACUCCGAACAGUAUUCCUGUUUCAACUUUGAGCAGUCAUUGGUUCCGUGAGGCAUUUUACCCUGUCCCGAUUAGCCGUUCGGGUUAUUUUGGGUUUAGUUUUAGCUAGCGUAUGCUACCGUUACCAAAAGCGUUACCGUUAUCUUAUUGUGUGACACAGUUAGCCGUGAUUUCUCGGAAGCUUGUAAACUCUCGAAACCAAGCUAAACUUAACUAUCCCGACCCUUGUUAUAACGAACUGGCAGCCUGUCCAGUGAGCGCAUUGAACAUGAAUGAUAAAAUUAAACGAAUCAGCUGUUGAAUUUGAGAACAAUGGGCCAUUGAUUGAAUCACUGUCACGUGACAAGGUGGACUUUGCUAGAAAAAUUCUUCAAUCAAUGUUGACGUCCCAGUUGGUGUUUCUAGGAAAUCACUGAUACCUCACAGACGACAAACAUGCAGAAAUCCCAAACGCGGGUCAUUGUUUUGCCUUUUUGGACGUUUGCUGUCCUUGUAACGGCACUAGUUGGCCUAUUCCCAGCGUUACUGUAUUGUAUUGGUGAGAUUGUAGUGCUGAAAUCACGCUUUGAGCAACAACAGCAGACAAUCGAGUACUUAGAAAACGUCACAGCGCAUAUUCAACGCAGAACUGUGGAAAACGAUUUCUCGAGCGGCGAAACGCAAGAGGCUUACCAGAGUUUAAUGAAAUGGAAGGUUUGACGUUUUUACGUUUACUUGAUUGACAAUUUUCAUUUUGAACGACCUCGAGGUCUUAGAAACCGGUCGCUCAAUUAUACACACAAUUGUCAAAGCUUGGCAGCUACUUAGGAACGCAAAGCACAAUUACUCAUUCUUUAUCGGGUUUAUACACGACCUUAACGUCAAUUGACAUCGUUUCUACACUAACUCAGAGGUCGUCCACAUAGGUAUCUACAAGAAAACCAAGCUAGAUAUUUAUUUGUGGAAAACUAAACGUCAUUUCCGCAUUGUACAUUGUUUAGGAAAGCGAAAUACGACUGAUGAGACAGAGGAGGGACACUGGUUCACGAAAAAAUGAUUCAUGCCGCUGCAGGCGAGGUAGAUAUAUCACUGAGAUUUUCAUCCAGUUUAUGCAAAACUACAAAAUAUAACAAAAAGAAUGGGACUAGGCGCAAGUCAAUAUCGGCUUGGGGUGUUAUUUAGCAGCCUUAGAUAGAGGGCUAGUGCAUCGAGUUUAUAAAAUCCCCUUUCCCCCCUUUCCCUGCCCAAUACCCUUCCCCUUUUGUAAAGAGUCUGGGGCGCAAGGGAAAGCAGCAAUGUUCAUUCUGAAUGAGAAGACAAGCGGCCAAAUAAGCGGUCCAAAAAGCCCGGGGUUCGUGAUAAAAUGAUAAAAAAUUGGCCAUACAUAUUUUUUGCUUAAAACACUUUUUCUCGGCAAUGAGGCAUCCUAGAGGCACACACAAAUUAUGCUUUUCCCUGGGAACAGACAAUUCCCAGAAUUCUCCCCUUUCCAACCCCUCUUCCCCCUCCUUUCUCUCCCCCCCAACGACCUUCGGCUGCAGUUCAAUUGCAUUCCUAGCAGUUUAUUCCUUACUCUAGCGUUUCACUUUUUCCGUCUAAAUACACAGCCCACAAGAAGAGAUUUGUAAAAUGAGGCACUUCUUCAAUUGUUCGCAUAAUGCUUAUUUUGCCUUUACUCGAGCUGUUGGCUGAAGUCCAUGAAAAGCUUAUUUCUCGGAAGUCCUCUCUUACAUCAAAAAUCGCUUUUUGAACGAGGUGUGAAAUUCAAUGCUGCGACAGGCCUAAAAUAAGAAAGCUGUUCGUUUUCCAAUUAAUUCUAAAAGAAAGGAAAAAAAAGUUUUAACUUGCGACCUAAUUUGCUUUUUAUAACUUUGUCUGGAUGAUUCAAAUUUUGUUGUUAUGAUAUACAGUUACAUAACUUGAGGUCAGGUAUUGGGUCACUUUGGAUAGUGGUUUAUUUUGAAACUAUAUAUAUCGAAACAAAGCUUUAUUAGCUUACCAAGGAUAUUGUUCCUGUAAGACAAUACAGGUUAGAUGUGGUCUGGCACGUUCUUGACCUUGGAGUCUCAAUUCUAAACAAUGUCUAGAAGCAAUAUCAAUUUGCCUUGCAAAAUUGAAAUUCUGUUUUGAAAGCAGCUCUUUUUGAUAAAGACUAUGGUUUAAGCUUCAUGUACCAAAGAAAGUAAGGUCCUAUAAAAUGAGUCUUAAACGAAUUUUAAUGUCAGUUUAUGCAUGUUUUGGUACUUCACGUAAUGACUUAAACGUCACGUACUGUAAAGGAUAACUUGUCACGCGAAACAAAAAAUACGGAGUGACCAGACACGUAUAUUCACGUUACACAAGUCUUUCGGUGAAAAAAAAGUUUUUCUAUUUUAGGUCGUAAAGGAGAGCGGGGACCAAAAGGACAGAAAGGUGAUGUUAAAUGAAGGAGGAAGUUGAUGGUAUAAUUUUGAAAAGUCACCCUUAAUCGUACGAAUUUCAUAUUUAUUUUUCCAUUCACACAAAAGCUUAAACGUGUUUUAAAGCUGUUUUGUUAAACACGAUUUAAAUUUGUUUUCUUCAUAGAAGCAGCUUAAACCGAUGUUUGUCGACUUCAAAUUUAGCACAUUAAAGUACAAGUUAGUGACUACUUGAAGCCGAUGGAAAAUUCAGUUUUUCAGCUCUCUGUAUCUUAUUUUCAUUCAAUUAAUCCGGAUUUAACUAAACAUGUCUUACUAGUGUGAAUGGGGUAUAUGAAACUUAAGACUGUUGUCAGAGCCAGCAAAGCAAGUGCUUAAAUUAUUCGUAUAUUUGAGCGCGAGUCUUUUUAAUGUUUGCAAAUAGACACGCGCGGACAUACGCAAAGAGGACAUUUAUCCUCACGGUAUCUUUCCCUAUGUGUGCGCCUUUGUGAUUCACUUGCUGUUUAAGCGCAUGACUAGGAUGUAAUUAGGAGUAGCCUCUAGGUCAAGAUCCUGUGUAGAAACUUGUUAUAUUCAAUUCAACAGAGGCUCUAAUGUGUGUAAAUAACAAUCUGCUUUUUUUCUGUGCAGGAUCGACCGGACGAAAGGGAAGGGCAGGUAAAAAAAACUUGUUUUUCAAAAUUAGAAAGAAAAAGUAUUUGUAUCUCUUUUAAAUACUGCAUCCAGUUAUGAUAGUGGCAGGAAAAAUAUAAUUUGUUGAGUAACCUACAAUCUUACGAAUGGUUAUCAGGGUCAUGAAAGAUCAACACCAUCAGUGAUCGUCAUCAUCACCAGCAUCAUUAUCAUUAUCGUUAGCGGAUCCCUUUAAUCAACAACUUGAGUAGAACGUGUAUACAUAUCAUACAGGCGCGGUUACCAAACCGAAAGCACUUUUCUUAUUCGUUUCGUUUUUUUUUUUUUUUUCCUCAGGACCUAAAGGUGACACGGGAGCACUCGGCAACACUGGACCGCCGGGAAGGGAUGGACAGAAAGGGAAAAUGGGUACGAGCGUUGUGUUUACUUUAAUUAGUAGUGGCAGCUCAUCAAGACUGCCCCUAGGAAUCUUGUCUAAUGCUUCAGAUGGUCUCAUACCACCGUUCCUUACUUUAAAAUACUAGUCUUGAUCAAUCCCCUCAAGAUAAGAUAUUUUCUCUUCGACAUUAAAAGACAAUGGACGAAUAACCUCUUACCUAGGUCUCUAUUGCUUCUCUUUCAGGUGAGCGAGGAGAGCCUGGGCCUCCAGGUAGUGCAGAAGUCUCUACUGGGCACCUACACAAAAUAUAUGAUAGCUCUGAUUAAAAUUUUUUCUUGGAAAUGCACCAUUCAUCAGUUCCACUUACCAUUUCAUAUAAAAAAGCGGCUGUCUCGUCAAGUGCGUAAUUCAAUCUUAAUAGGAAUGACACACAUGACACAUUUUGUGGACUAAAACGAAAAAACCGGAGCAAAAUUUGAGAAAACGAGCGACAUAAAGGCCAAGUUUUUUAACUUUUCCUGUUUAUCUUUUCUUAUAUUACUGCACUGAGUGUUUGCACACCAGUCAUAAGUGUAAUCAAAUAGUUUUUAUUGACAAUUUCUUUGCCUUUACGUUUAAAACAGGACAACCAGGCUCAAUGUUUCGGGUGAGUGUUUCUUACAAUAUAUUGAUGAUGAUAUGCCUCUUUUUUCGCCCAUUGGUUUUAUACUAAAUACUUAAACACUAACUCUCUGCGGGUUUUUUUUCUUAAUUUUUAAAUUUUAAGUCUUGAUGAUACCACUAAGAUUAUCCUGCUUGAAUUCAUUUUCUCAAACUUUUGUUUGUAUCUCAAUUCAGUCCACAGACUCGGCUCACAUCGUUGGUUAUGGUGAGCAUAUAAAUCCCCCAAGAGGUACAACAAAAUGUUAGUGUUAAUCUCUUUUCUAUUUUCUGGGUUUUUGUGAACGUGCACUAUAUAAUAGCCUCGAAGUUACGCGUAAUUAUUUUUAAGGCAAAGUCGAGCUGACUUACAACGUCAGGCGAUCUGAUCAUUGCAAACUGUGAACAACCUUCGUUUUUAGCGCGCAAAGGAAAAUCCUUAUCAUCGAUCCUUCAAAGGCGAUGUUAUUAGAGAGAUGACAUUAGGAAUAGGUACUCGUUGAAAUCAUCAAUUUCCCUGAGUUAUGGUGAAAUUAUGAUGAUUAUUCAUGUUUGUCUUUUAACUUUUACAAAUUCAAAUUCUUUCCUAGACGCACAUGGGGUGAGAGAGGAGGAAGGGGGGGGGGAAGGAAGGUUCCAGCGAUAGCGUUUAACCUCCUAUCUCCUCCGUACCCCUAACAACGCCCAUUGUACCAAUUUUGAAAUUAACACCCUCUUCUCUCUGCUCUCCUCAGUCCACCGCAUCACGAACUGGAAAUUAGGCCACAUAACCGGUAGUAUCAAAUUCGUCAGCAACAGCUUCCUUGUGAUUGGCACAACUGGCUACUACUUCGUGUACAGCCAACUCUUCUAUUAUGCAGGGGACACUCUCCUUAUGGGCCAUUACACAUACAUCAACGAGGAACCGGUCAUGCGCAGUCUGAGCAGUGUCGUCAGCGAGGAGAGAAAGUACAACACGAAUUAUCACGGCGCAGUGUUCAUGCUCAGAAGCGGUGACAAAAUAUCUGUGCGCAUCCCGUUCACAAAGUCCUACUUCAUGCACAAGGAAACCAGUUAUUUUGGUGCUUUCCUUAUCAGCCCCGUGUUAAACACGACCAGUUUUGUUCGAACGACUAACACAACUCAGGAUUUCCCAUAGAGCGGUUUUCAAUCGAGUGUUGAAAGUUAAGUAAUGCGGAAAUGAAAUGUUUUUUUUUUACUUCGCACCGUGAUUGAUUUGAAAAUCUUGUCCCACUCUCUCGACCAAUGAGAUGCAAAACAAAAAUAAAUCGUUGACUUGGCAUUCACCUUUUACUCCAGCUCGCCUCAAGCAAUUAAGGUGGGGGAGGGGGGGGUUGGAAGAUUUUGGGGAUCUCAUGCUUUUCAGGGAGAGGAGAUAGGUGUGAAAAACAUUACAGAGCUAAGGGAGGAUCAGGUAAAUCUAUCGUACAACAACCAAAAUCUUCCGAACCCCCCAGCCCUCAGGGGAUAAAUAAAGACAUGUCCCUAAGCUUGUUUUUACAUCAGAUUUUCAUUUCCUCUAGUAUUACUUUGCUUUGAUUGGCUGUUGUCAUUAUUUUGGUUUGGUUUUAGCGACACUCGAUCGAAAUGCGCAAUGACCUUGAAAUACAAGUUAUACGUUUAUUUUGUAGACUUAAAUGUUUUAAACUUUAUCUAGUAACAGGUUUAUCAGCAGAGUUUCUAUUACUUGAAUAACGUCACAUACAGAAAGUCAAAAGUGUUAGGAAAGGGAAAAGUUAUUUUCAUAGUGCACUGUUCAACUCAAAUAUAAACAAAUCUGCGUUUGCGAAUACUUCUCGCGGGCGGACACCUGCUAUUUGCAUUCGACGAUUAUUUUGCAUUUUUAUUUGCUCUUUGUGACGUGCAAAAUUUCCUACCAAGUGAAGGAGACGACAACAUAACUUCGGGAAGUUGGAAAAAAAUGGAAAGAAUAAGCCAGUUAGAAUGGUGUAGAUUUAAAAAAAUUCUAAUGAGAUUCUUGAAAACGUACUCCAAAGUUUCAAGAUUCCAAAAAAAGUGCAAUAGUUCCUUCAAGUUCCCAAACUUAAGAAAAAAAAAAGUUUCGGUGGUCAUUGACAACUGAAUUUCGAUUUUCAGGUUACUUCUCGCAUGUUACGUUCUGCAGUUAUCACAAUGUACAAAAAUAAGAAAUUAGUACAAUAGUUUUAUGUCUUUAAAACAUGACCGUAUUUAUUUUGGCGGACGUAUACAGUGCAAUUGUAAUCGUUCAGUUGCGUGAUGCAAACAUUAAUAGCAUCUCCCCUUCCCACCCCUCGUGAGGAGGUGGAAAGGCGACGGGGAGGGCUUGAGGAAUGUUGUGUGUGAGUCACAUCAAGGGUAUGCGUCAAUGUUUUUAGUAUUGUUGUUCUUGAGGACAUCCAACUUUAAGGUCACCUUCGUUGUCUGUAUUUACAGUAACGCACAAUGCUUGUGACCCUUACAGUGAAUAAGUUAUACGUCUGCCAAAAGAAACACGGGACCUUAAUAAUGUUUUAAAAUUAUCGAAGUGUGCGUAAGGUGCCUAGUAAAUUGCAAGGAAUUAUGUACACAUAUAUAAUUAUAUACAAUAUAAUUAUAUAUUUUUGAGGGAAAAUCUUGCAGAAUCAGUUGUAAGUUUUGGUGUUGGUAUAUCUUGCAAAAACUUAAAUUGGUUUUAAAUGAGGGGUGAGGGGUUUGUCAAUAUAGAGUAGAGGAGACCUGUCGGUUUUGAUAACCGUCAUUCGGAUGAUUGCACACUAAUUAAAA